UCCCCAUCCGCACACCCGCAGAGUUGGGCUGGAGCCACCCGUGUCAGUAGCCUGGUUCCCGUGCAGGUUCGGGUUACCGCCGCUCACCCAUAGCACCUGUGGACACUGUGUCCCAAUUGCCCCGACUACUCCGGGCCAAGGAGGGCCAUGGUUCUUAAAGCGGGAACCCCCGAGACCAGCUUGUUGCGGAUUUUGUUCCUGGGACUGAGUACCCUCGCUUCCUUCUCACUGGCGCAGCUGAAGGUGCACGUGCCCACAGGCCUUUACAAACUGGAAGCUGUAGAGGGAAAAGAAGUGGUGCUCCCUGCCUGGUAUACGGUGACACGGCAGCAGGAGUCUUCGUCCCACACCCGGGAGGUGUCCGUCCUGAGUUGGUUCUUUCAACAAGAAGGAAAGGAACUAACCCAGGUGUUGACCUAUUUCAACGGAGCUUUGUCAAGUAACCCUCGAGUAUCCCUUGUCCACCCUUUGCCAACACGGAAUGUGUCCCUGCGGCUGGAGGCUGUCCAAGAGAGAGACUCUGGGACCUACGUUUGUUCUGUCAACGUGCAAAAUGGUGACGGCAAUGCGAGUGUGAACCAUGACAGCAAAAGCAUAGAGCUCAAAGUGCUGGUUCCUCCAGCUCCUCCAUCCUGUAGUUUACAGGGUGUACCCUACGUGGGGACCAAUGUGACCCUGAACUGCAAGUCCCCAAGGAGUAAGCCUACUGCACAAUACCACUGGGAGAAGCUGGCCCCGUCCGCCCAGGUCUUCUUUGGACCAGCCUUAGAUACCGUCCGUGGAUCCUUAAAGCUCACCAACAUUUCCACUGCCAUGUCUGGAGUCUAUGUCUGCAAGGCCCAAAACAAAGUGGACUUUUCCCAGUGCAACGUGACCCUGGAAGUGAUGACAGGGUCUAAGGCUGCAGUAGUCGCUGGAGCAGUUGUGGGCACUCUCAUUGGGUUGAUGCUGCUGGCUGGACUGGUCCUGUUGUACCAACGCCGGAGCAAGACCAUGGAGGAGCUGGCCAAUGAUAUCAAGGAAGAUGCCAUUGCUCCACGGACCUUGCCUUGGACCAAAGGCUCAGACACAAUCUCCAAGAAUGGGACACUUUCCUCUGUCACCUCAGCACGAGCUCUGCGGCCACCCAAGGGUGCUUCUCCAAGACCUGGCACAUUUACUCCCACACCCAGUGUGUCUAGCCAGGCCCUGCCCUCACCAAGACUGCCCAGGACAGAUGGGCCCCCACCUCAGGCAGUAGCCCUGAGCCCAGGUGCAGUUUCCUCUUCUGUUCUGAGCCGCAUGGGUGCUGUGCCUGUGAUGGUGCCUGCACAGAGUCAGGCUGGGUCUCUCGUGUGAUGGCCCAGGGACUCAUUAGUUAGGUCUGGUGUUUCACCUUCCUGUAAAGGUCACCUGUGGCACAGAGGACUGUGUCUUGGGAGGAUACCCAUGCUCUAGACCUCCAGCCCUUUGCCCCUACCUCCUUUUAUUGUUGGAACACUGGGCCUCAUGGACCUGAGAUUGGGGGUUGGAAGCAGGGAGGCUCCACCUCUUCCCUGCUUGUCUCUGUGAAGCCAGAUGAAUGCUGCUGAGAUUGGCUACCCUCCAGGGGCUCCCGAGGAGACUGCCAGUCAGUGAGGCCCCUGGCUCUGUGAUCUGUACAACACCCUUAUCUAACGCUGUCCUUCGCUGCCCACUCCAGCUCCCUGUAUUAAUAUAACCUGUCCUGCUGGCUUGGCUGGGUUUUGCUGGAGCAGCAGAUAGCGAAGACAUUUCUAAUGAAACUAACUUGAAA